UUUCAAUUGAUCGCACAACAACCUGCUGCACUCAUCAUAAUAUCACAAAUCCAAUAAAUAUCAAAGUUUGUGCAGCUCCCCACCAUAAGGACACGAUCCACAUCUUGCAUCGACAUGCCCCGCGCCACGGUCCGUGAAUCGAUAAUAGGACGUCUCGAAACUUCGGGAGGAACCAGGAAAUGUACUCGUAAUUUAGUGCGGCAGAGGACCUUUGACCACAGACCAAUGAGGAGAUAAGAAACCGGACCUCGGCUUCCUGAUGUCUCCCUGUCCAACGCUGUGCCACGUAUAUCCCAUGUCCAUGAGACAUCUGAUCAAUCAGAUCGAUAACUAUCUCACGAUCCCCCAUCAAUAACGUGCAUUUCCAGGUUGAAUGAGAACAUAGGCGCUGGGAGUCGAAGAAGCCAAGGCUUCUGGCUGCGAGAGAAUGUGGACAGUGUUCGCGGGCGGGUGUAUCCCUACGAGGAAGCGGUGUUUUGGCGGGUUUCGCGUCUCUAUAAUAUCUUUGUUAAGCGUGCUUGUUUCGUCGGAUAUGUGGGUAAGUUGAAUCUCCCUGCUUCCUGACUUCGUCGUGCAAACCGACGGUUGGGAGGAAGAGCUGGAGGUCCGACGCAGAUUUCGACAGCAUCGAGGAACUCAAGCUAGGUUGGUCUGGAAAUAUUAAUAUUACCCGCUGAUAAGUCCGGGAAGGUUGCAUCGCGAGGUGGUCCUUUGUUCUUCAUUCGUCUGCUCUUGCGAGCCUUCGCAGGAUCAUGGGAGGCAGGCAACAAUGUCCUAGCCCGUUCGAGUGCACAUAAUGUGCGACAUCGGAAUGCACAAGACAGUCAGACGACACUUGGAAUCCAGUAGAUCGAGGCAUGGGUAUUUACUUGCAAUCGAGCAUACCCUCUCUUCGCUCGAACUAUUGUCCAUCUGCUCAUUGCGGUACCAACACGCGAGCCUCAACAGAAGUGCUCCACUUGCACUUGACGUCUUUGUUGGUGCGCGUGGUUCCCCAGUCGAGGGAAAGAGGGCGAGGGAGGCGCACGUAGAACCAAACGGUCGUGCCGUGAUGGACGACAACGACAUGGAUGACAUAGGCCGAAAUUUGACGGUUGCGGCUGGAUUGGAGUCAACCUCGUGUACGCGAAGUUCUCAGACGGAGCUUCAUCCUCAUCCCGUCCGACAUGAGCAGAGGCUUGAUCGUUGAUGUCCUCCUUCUCCUGUAAGGCAUUUGGCGCGGGUUGUCAUCCAAUUCCCGGUCUGCAUCCCUUUUCGCGGAGAUGUGCUUCACUCGUUCCUGUUGCACAUCCUGUCAAUAUCAACGUGAGCAGCUCGGAAUUUUGGUCGGUCCCAAGAAGCACGACGUUCUGCUGAGAAUUUAACCCGG